UGGUCAUUUCAAUGGCUCUAAUUGAUCAGACGAUCGAGUUGGUGGUGAGACUGUACAUGUACUGUCUCGUAGGAAGGAAUGAACAUUUCGUGACAGGGGAUAGCUGGACAUCAGGCUUCUUUGACGGCAGGAGGGUCCUUGGUCGGCUGUGGCUUUCUCUUCCAGUGAUGUCAGAGUGCAUGAAAGCGUGCUGCGGCUUGCAAGCACAAGACAAGCUGCCUUGUUUGCGACUUGCUCUCUCCUGAUAACUGUUUUUGUGGCAUAAGACGAACCUGCCGUCUGUCAAUCAAUCAAUCAAUUUCUGCACGCGCUGCUCUGCUCUUUCCGACGAGCUCUAUGCAGAUUUGACAUCCUAGCUGCCAUACCGUCACCAUGGCCAUCCGAAACGAGAAGGCGCCAAAUGGCUCCAUCUCAACAUCAUCCACGAGAGCGCGACAUGUUCAGCGACGAGGCUUUUUCUCAAGAAUUUUCAGCAUCACUCUGAGGCUGUCGAUCUGGUAUACCCUCCUGACUGUCGUUUUCCGCUGCCCGUCAUCGCCCAAACAGCUCACAAAGGACUCACCUAAUGUGUGCGAGCCUUACUUCCAGCUGAAAGACCUUGCUGUGCCUCACCUUCAACCCUACUACAAUGCCUACGCCGCUCCCUACGUCCAACAAGCUCAGCCUUACUUUGACCGUGUCAAGGAGCAGGCCUACCUUCCCGCCGCCGCCUUUGCUCAGAAGCACGGCGCUCCUCGUGUCGCCCAGGCCCAGAAAUAUGCAGACAAGGAGUGGAAGCGUACCGUACGCCCUCAGCUGGACGUCGCACGCAAGCACGCCUCAAAGCAGUACGACUCGACUCUUGGCCCCCAUGUCCAAAAGGUGCAGGACGCCGUAUCGCCCUACUACAACACUGUCAAGGCUUCAGCCACCGACUUUUACGAGCUCGAGCUGUUGCCCGCUUACAAGCACACUGCCCCUUACGCCAAGAAGGUUUAUGGCCACGCUUAUCGUUUCUCCGUCAACACCGCCUUGCCCUACGCUCGCUGGGGCACUGACCUGACAUUCACCUUUGUACGCAGACAGAUCUGGCCCAGAAUCCAGGUUCUCUAUGGAGAGAAUGUCGAGCCUCAAAUCUUCAAGAUCACCCAGAGACUUGGUCGUUACCGCGAUGAGAAGAAAAUUGAAGCUGCUGUCGAGUCUGCAGAGAGUUCUGCUUCUUCGUCCUCAUCUUCCGUGUCGUCUGCUGCAUCCGCAUCAUCCACCAUUGUCACAAGCUCCCCCUCGGCCGCAGUCUCAAGCGCCAGCUCUGUCAUUGAAUCUAUCAUGACCAAGGCUUCCAGCGCCGUCGUUGCUUCGCCGUCCAUGGCCCCUCCUGAGGAUGAGCCUAGUGCUGCCGAGCAAUUCUCCCAGGAUUUGAAGGUUUGGGAGGAGCAUGUCUCCAUCGCCAUUCGUGAGGGUCUUGAUCACCUCCGCGAGCGUAUUCAGGAAAUUUGCGACCGUCAAGUCGAAACUCAAACCAACGGGGUUGGUGAAGCUUUGAUCAUUCAGCUUGAGGAGGGCUCCUCUUCGGCUUUCAGAAGUCUCAAGGCUAGGGUCGAGUCUGUCAUUGAACAUCUUCCUGAAGAGCCUUCUGAGUCCGACCUUUCCUCUGCACAAGAAUCUAUCAACAAGGAAGUCAAGAAGGCCGGUCAGACGAUCAAGCAAAAGGCACAAAACGUCCGUGAUUGGAAGCAGACCUUUGACAAGGAUAUCACCCGCCUCAUCGAGGCUGCUGCCAAUUCAACUCUUGAGACUAUCGACAACAUCCGUGAUCUUCGCCUCCAAGAGAUCGGCAGACGUUGGGCUUCAAAUGCCGCCAUCACUCACAGAGACUGGACCAAAUACAACGACCUCAAGAAGGCAUCUAGCAAGGGCCGUGAUGAAGUCGCCGCUCUUGCCACUUCCAACGAGCUCGCCGAAGCCAAGAAAGGCGCCUACCAGGUUGAGGAGAAGGCCAUGGCUGUUGCUGAGAAUGCUGCCAAGGAGCUUGCCAGACUGAAGAGCGUUUCUCAAUGGAAACUUGAAGCAAGAGAUUCUUCCGAUGACUUCAACACAAAAUACGCACCUGCUGCAGCCGCUUGGGCAAAGCAACAGGUUGCUGAUAAGAUCUCUGAUGCCAAGGAAGCCAUUGCUGGAAGUUCUCAAGGUUCUGUUGAAUCGGCCACAUCGGUCUUGUCUUCUCAGGGUUCCCAGCUGGCGUCCAGCGCCUCUUCCCAUGGAUCCCAGAUGGCAUCCAGCGCAUCUGAAGCUGUUUUGGGUACCAGCAUCGGCUCUGUCGAGAGCGCUGCUUCCAAGUUGUCUGAGAAGGUCGUUGGAUCCGAGCAACCUACCAUCGAAAGCAUCGCUUCUAUUGUGUCCGAGAGCGCUAAGAGCGCAGCCACUGUUGCAUCCGAGUCUGUCAUUGGUACUCAACCCGGAGUCGCAGAACAAGCUGCUACCAAGGUGUCUGAGGCUGUCGUCGGUCGUAACACUCCCGUGCUCGAGAGUAUUUCUUCCGCGGCUAGCUCGGCCAGCUCCCGCGUUGCUGACCAGUCUCUCGACCCGGAGAUGGCGAAGAGCUUGAGAGCUGCCAAAUCUAGUGCUGUGUCUGCUGCUAGCGACGUCUCCUCCAGCGUUGCCUCCGUUGCAUCCAGUGUUUCGGCAUCAUCCAUCGUGUCGGCAGGAUCUUCCAGCAUUGGUUCCGCUGCUCAGCAGGCUUCGUCAAGUGCUUCGUCUGCUGCUUCUCAAAUAUCCGAGAGUGCAUCUGACGCAUCUCAGAAGGCAUCGAAGAAGGUCUGGGGCGGAGCCAUGGCUCAAGCUGUGCCAUCCGCACGUUCAAUCGUUCUUGACGAUGACAUUGUUGACGAUGAGUACACGUACUCGAGCAAACUUCAGGACAUUCUUGGAAAGGCCGGUAACCAAGCCAGCCAGCUUACUCAAGCGGUUCAGGAUGCCAUGAAACCUGCUCCUACCCAAGGCAGUGUCGAGUCUGUCACAUCUCUUGCCAGUGAGCAGUACGAAAAGGCUCUCUCUGCAGCGAGCAGUGUCAUCUUCGGUACCGAGCAGGGUGUUGGGGAGUCCUUGUCAAGCGUUGCUAGUGACAGAUAUGCCUCUGCAGUUUAUGCCGCUUCAAGUGCCAUCUACGGCGAACCCAUCCCCGCAACUAAGUCCAUUGCAUCUCAAGUUGCUUCGGUCGCAGCUUCCAUUACCGCUAGCGCCAGCAGCACUGGUGAUUCGCUGCAAUCGCAAGCCAACUCUAUCUACACCGAGGCACAAUCUGCUUACUCCAACUCCAUCGCCGAUCCUGUGCAGUCUGCUCUUUCUUCCAUCUCGGCGAUAGCCUCGUCAAGACUUCAGGAGGGUCUUUCUUCGGCAAGCGCUCAGUUCGAGCACGCUAAGAGUGCCAUUGGUGCUUCGCCCACCCCUGUUCAGCAGGGUGUCAUGGCCGAUGCACAGCGCAAGUACUACGAGAUGGUAGGUUACGCUUAUGAUCGUUAUUCAGCCUUUGAGUCUGCCGGAAAAGACAUGGUUGCCCGUCCUACAUCGACAUCUGGUUACUCCAACGUACUCGCUGCUGCUCAGAGCCAGUACAGCAGUGCUAUCAACGCUGCCUCGAGCAACAUGGACGGCAUCCUCUCAUCUGCUCGUUCCGUUGUCAGUGGCACCACUGUGUCCCCUGCUCAAAGUUUGGUUGACCAGGCUUCGAGCCAGUAUGAUGCUGCAACCUCUAGCGCUUCCUCUUAUCUUGUCAUUGCCUCUUCCAAGGCCAGCGAGGCUGUUUACGGCACUCAACCUGCCAUGUAUGAGAACAUUCUCGCAUCUGCUCAGAGCCAGUACGAUGCAGCUUACAGCGCUGCGAGCUCGAACCUGAACAACAUCCUUGAAUCGGCAAGCUCUACCGCUGGCCCUGCAUUCGACACAGCCUUUGAACAAUAUGAGUCGGCAGUCUCGGCUGCUGGCGAGCAAUAUUCAAUUGCCAGCGUCAAGGCAAGCGAAGCCAUCUACGGAACAUCUACUGGUGCUGUCGAAUCGGUGGUCAACGCCGCCAGUACAGCCAUCUACGGAAGUGAGACCCCUUGGACGGAAGCCGCUGCUUCGCAAGCAAGCGAAAACUGGGAUUUGCUGGUUUCCAAGGCUAGUGAACAGGUUUACGGAUCUCCUACCCCUUUCUUCUCUCAGGCUGGUGAAUACGCUUCUCAGGCUACUGUCGCCGUGGUCGAACAAUACGCUGCGGUCUCUGCUCUCUUUGACGAACUUGUCAACGGGCGCGAGCCUGAGUUUACCGAAAGUGUUUGGAACCGUCUCCAGUCUGCCUACUCGACUGGAGCACCGGCUAUUGCAUCCAGUGCGUCUAGCUAUGCCUCGGACGCAUAUGCCUCUGCCUCCAGCUUCUACGAGAGUGCAUUCACCCCACCACCCACUGUCGAGGCUCUCCUCGAGAAUGUCAACGAGCAGAUUAACUCUGCAGUCGAUGCUGUCUCUGCUCAAGUUUACGGUACUACAAAGGGCAAUGUUGAGCAGAUGACUGAAGCUGUUGGCAGCGCGUACAACGAUGCCUCCUCAAGAGCUAGCGAGGCCAUUUACGGAACCACGACGGGUUACGCAGAGGCUGCUCAAAGUCAGAUCUCAGACGCCGCUUCAUCUGCCCAGCAAGCCAUCAGUGAGGCACUGUUUGGGACUCCUUCUACUGCCGGAGCAGCCAGCAUCUACACAUCCAUCGCCUCGGUUGCCUCUGAGAACCGUGAUGCAGUUGUGUCAAAGGCUGUUGAGCAAUACGAGGCUGCCACAUCGGCCGCCAGCAGUGCCAUCUACGGAUCCGAGAAGGGAGCUUUCGAGAGCGCUCAAAGUAGGAUCUCAGUCGCUAUGGCAUCCGCGUCUAGCAGAAUGUCAGAGUUUGGCGAGACUGCAAGCAAGGCAACUGACGAAUCUGUUUCCAAGGUUGUAGAAGCUGCUCAGGAGGCAGCAUCUUCGGCUAGCAGUGUGGCCGAGUCAGUCAGCAGCAGAGUGAGAGAUGAGCUUUAGGAGCAUAUUUAUAGAAUUCUGAUGACGAAGGAGGGGUGAAGGAGAGGAUGGGAAAAGAAGAUCAUGAGUUGUUAACGAAGCGUUUGUCUAUUUUGACUAAUAUAACAUGAGUCGCU